GUCAAGUUACAUUGCUGUUUCUGUUUUUCUUAAUUUCCGCUGUUUCUGUUUAGUAUGCAGGCUUUUUUAUUAAUUUCACAUAAUUAUUGUCAACAGCACCAUAUUGUUAAUUGCCACAUAUAUUAAAAAAAUAAGAAGUACAUUUAUUUCUUUACAUAUUGUGUAUAUCGUGAAAUAGAGGCUAUUUGACAAGCUACUUGUAUUUCCCGGUUAAUACAUCCAAGUCGUUUCGGAAUAUAGUAUUUCAUCAACAUGGCCGGACAAGGACACCAGUUCCCUGGUAAUUUCCAGGGUAAUCCGGGAGCCAUGAGGUCAGGAUAUGGCGGUGGACCAAUGGGUGGCCAAAUUCCACAAAUGCCAAAUCAGUUAACAGGUGUUAUGGCAGGUCCAAUGGGUAACCCUGGUAUGGUCGGAAUGGGCAAUCAGAUGGUACCACCAUAUGGAGCUGCAAUGCAAAACCAAAUGAGCAACAUGGCAAUGGGACCACAAGGUAUGGGAGUGGGAGGAGGAAUGGGACCCAGUGCAGCAAUGGUACAGCAAGUUGUACAACAACAAGCUAUGCAAUCCGUACCAGUGCCAGUAGCACCCCCUGCACCACCCUCUGCUCCCCCGCAGCAGAGUAAAGAUUUCAACACCGCUUCUCUGUGCAAGUUUGGACAAGAAACAGUCCAAGAUAUAGUUAGUAGGACACAAGAUGUAUUCCAAACAUUAAAAGCUAUCCAGCCUCCGAACGGCACUCAGCACGGAGAAAACGCCAGCAACGACAAGAAAGCGAAAAUGCAAGAACAACUACGUACAAUACGACUGCUAUUUAAACGGCUGAGGUUGAUUUAUGAGAAAUGUAAUGAAACUUGUCAGGUAGAGGGUAUGGAGUACACUCAUAUGGAAAGUCUGAUACCUCUCAAAGAUGAAGCUGAUAAUAAAACUUUAGACGAGAGACGAAACACGGAGACAUACAGACAAAUUUUAGAAGAAAAUAACAUACUAACUGAACAGUUACAAAGAAUAAACAGCUAAAGGAGGUGAUAACAAACUUGAGGACAAUAAUCUGGGAGAUAAAUGUUAUGUUGACUAUGAGAAGGUCAUAGAAAACCAGGAUAUUAUAACAAAAGAUAUAUUUUGUCCAAUAUAUUCACAUACUUUCUUCUUUUUGACAUGAAAACAGAACAUGUCAAAAUCAUAUCAUAAAAUACAAAACCGUUCGAUACUUUGAACAUUUACAACCUCCUUUUUCAACAAAUAUAUUUCCAAAUUCUGACUGUGUAUGUACAAUCUCGGAAAUCCGCAGUUUACUUUCAGAAAAAAUACCUUGUUUUAUACAAACUCCGUCUCUUAUGACAAACUAAUUAGGUAACAAUGAUGUGUUAACGAACUGGAUAGUAAAAAGCAAUUAUCCUAAUAUUGACCAACAUUUUUUACAGAUAUAUUUAAAAGCUACGUCCUUGUUUUUUAUUCCGUUUCGAAUAUAAUCAAAUCGAUCAAACUGUAUCUUUUAAAGUGGAACAUUGCUAGAUUCCCUAAUUGUACAUAAGAUUAAAGGGAAACUUCUCUUGUUAAUUAAAAAAAAAUGUUGUAAAACCCUGCAGUUCCUCUAGUGUUGAUAUCCUGCUUAUUGUGAUCAAUGUUAAAUGUAAAUAAGUUACUGUACAAAGUAGAUAAUAAAUCGUAAAUUUAAGA